AUGCGGCUGUCUUCGAUUCAACUACGCAUCUCAGGGACAAUCCUGCUGCUGCUGCUCAUGUGGGAGAAUGUAGCUUGCGUGCCCAGGUGUGUCAUGAAAGAUGGAGGCUGCCAGAAGGUCCUCAGCUGGAUGUUUAACAUGACAAGCACCACAGCUGAGACGAUCAGCCGCAUCUCUUCAGAUACGUUAAAUGAAUUUGAUGCACAAUAUGAUCCAGGCCAGAAGUUCCUGAACAGGCCCACCAUGAUCUGCCACACUGCAUCCCGCUCCAUCCCAAACAGCAAAAGAAAAGCUGAAAGGAUGAAGUCUGUGGACCUUCUGAAUGUGACAAUCAGAAUACUGGCUGCCUGGAAAAACCUGCUGUACCAUGUGAAAAACAACAUGGCUGAUCUUGAUGGAACUCCUUAUGCUACCACAGUCAAAGUUGAAUUUCUUGAUGGUCAAAUCAAAAGACUCACAAAACAUCUGCAGGGCAUUAAGACUAUACUCAGCCAGGUUCAUCCAGAACUUAAGGAAAAUGAGAACUACCCUGCCUGGUCUGGAGAGCCAUAUGUCCAGCAAUCCCGAAGAGGAAUUCAACUUUUUGGUUUACAUAGCUUGUUCUUCUGCUUGCACAGUGAUGCACAAAAGGUGUCUGAUUUUGUCAGUAUCCUGAGACAUCAAAUUGUGCCUAAUAAAUGA